AUGACACUCUUAUUUGAAGUUCAAGCCCGGAUUCAGGACCCUGUCUAUGGUUAUGUAUCCCAGAUUCUUGCCCUUCAACAACAAGUUAGUGAUCUGCAAGCUUAUCGAGCUCUAUUGCCGGAUUCACUAUUCGCACACUAUUCUUCACAUCCCCAACCUGAUCCAAACCCAAACUGGAGCCCAGAUCUUCCUAUCAUUCCAGAAAAUGCCUCGCUCCCUAGUUUUCUUGAGGCUACUUCUUUACCUUACCUUGAUAACACUAGCGGUAGUCAGAUGCCAUUCCGGGACGACAUCGAUGAGUUAGGACCCGUCGUGUUUGGCAACCAUCGUCGUCACUAA